AUGUCGACCGCCCUGAAUCUCGGCAAAGUAGUCCCCGUUCCACAAGCCAUCGAAUUGCAUUCCUCCAAUGCAAAUGUCAAGUUUGUGGACGGAUCUUGGUUCCUCAAAGAUCGCAAUGGUCGAGAAGAAUUUCAACAAGGUCCACGAAUUGCUGGGGCAACCUUUUUUGACAUUGAUGACAUUGCGACCAAAUACGAUUCUGGGUUGAAACACAUGAUGCCAUCGAAAAAGUUGUUUUCAGCAGCCAUGGAUGCGAUGGGGAUUUCCAAUGAGGAUCAUUUAGUGAUUUACGCAAGCAAGGAUUGCAUGUUUGUGCACCGUUCUUGGUUUCAGAUUCGGAAUAUGGGACAUCCCGACAAUCAAUGUCACUUUUUGGAUGGUUCAGUGGAAGAUUGGAAGAAUGAGGGUGGACCGAUUGAAGAAGAAGGUACUGUGCCCUCCAAUCCAAUAAUUUCGGUGGCAGAUUUGGAUUUGACAAAACCCACCAACUAUCAAGCAAAGGAUGCCAUGAAUAUUUUGGAUAUGGAAGACAUGAAGAAACAAAUUGAAUUGGGAGACAAGGCAGACUAUGACAUUGUAGAUGCAAGAUCGGCAGACCGUUUCUUUGGACGAGUGGAAGAGCCACGACCUGGAAUGCGGUUAGGGCACAUGCCUGGAGCCAAGAAUAUCUUUUUCUAUGAUAUGUUGAACCCCGAAAAUCCGCUUCAAUUCAAGCCCAAGGAAGAAAUGGAGGCAAUCAUUCAAGCUAGUGGGAUUGAUGUCACUUCGAACAAAAAGGUAGUGGUGAGCUGUGGAAGUGGAGCUACUGCUUGUGCCGUGGUGGCAGCAUUGGAGUUGUGUGGGAAGAGCCCUGAGGAAUGCUAUGUAUACGAUGGCAGCUGGUCCGAGUGGGGGGCAGUUCCGGAUACUCCAAUUGUAAAGGAGGGCUAG